GUAGUACAACGCGAAUGUCAAAAGAUGUGAACGUGUAUUUGCAGUAAUAUAAUGACAAUAAUGUUAUUCACAUCACUGCUUCUUAUAAUUAUAUUCUAGUAAAUACAGAAAAUCGGAGAUCGGAGUUCCUGAGCUUCUGUGUUGGACUGAUACAGAGUGCAGUAGGGAUGUUUAGAAGAGCUGUACCUUCAUUUCUGAUCUCUCACUGUGUCAGGCUGAAUAAACAACACUACUGCAGUUCAGCCAAGAAAACCAGAGUACAAGAUGCACUCAACAGCUUACAGACUGGUUCCAAAAUCAGAAUACAGGGGUGGGUUCGAUCUGUCCGAUCACAGAAGCAAAAUCUCUUCCUACAUGUGAGUGAUGGAAGCAGCCUGCAGCCUCUCCAAGUAGUAGCCAGUUCAGAUCUUGACAAUGGAAGCCUUACCUUUGGAUGUGCUGUCAGCAUCACUGGAAGCUUGGAGAAAAGCCCCAGCACAAAACAGAAUGUGGAACUUCAAGCCAGUCACAUUGAAGUGGUUGGAGAGUGCAAUCCUUUGGAUUUUCCAUUUAAGAUCAAGGGUCACCAUUCACUGGAAUAUAUCAGACAGUUCCCUCACCUGAGGUGUCGAACUAAUGCCUUCAGUUCUUUGCUCAGGAUUCGCAGCAAGGCCACAGAUGCUAUCUACUCUUAUUUCAAGGAGAACGGCUUUGUACAAAUCCACACCCCUGUGAUUACGUCUAAUGAUUGUGAAGGAGCAGGAGAACUCUUCCAGGUGGAACCUGCAGGUAAUGAAUUGAGCUCGGACAAAGAAAACGCCUAUUUUUUCUCGGUGCCGGCCUAUCUGACUGUCUCAGGGCAGCUGCACCUAGAAGUGAUGACAGGGGCUUUCCCUGCUGUCUACACGUUUGGCCCAACAUUUCGAGCUGAAAAUUCUCAAAGCAGGAGGCACUUAGCUGAGUUUUACAUGGUGGAAGCUGAGAUCUCUUUUACUGAAUCACUACAGGAUCUGAUGAAGGUUAUGGAAGGUUUAUUUAAGACGACCACAGAGCAUCUGCUUUCUCACUGUGCAGAAGAUGUGGAAUUAUUUCACAAGUACAUCUCUCCUGGAUAUAGGCAAAAAGUGGAGCUCAUGUUACAGAGAGACUUCAAUGUCAUUAGCUAUACAGAAGCAAUUGACAUUCUAACCCGCAGUUCAGAACAAUUUACUUUUAAACCAGAGUGGGGCAGUGAUCUUCAAACAGAACAUGAGAAGUACAUAGUACAACACUGCGGGGAUGUACCAGUGUUUGUGACUGAUUAUCCAUACAGUUUAAAACCCUUCUACGCCAGAGACAACCAGGAUCAACCUCAACACACGGCAGCGGCUUUAGAUCUACUGGUGCCCGGUGUGGGAGAGCUGUGUGGUGGUUCUCUCAGAGAGGAAAGGCUGGAGCUCCUCAGGACUCGACUGGCACAGUCUGGAUUAGAGGACACAUACUCAUGGUAUCUCCAGCUGAGAGAGUUUGGUUCAGUCCCUCAUGGAGGAUUUGGGAUGGGUUUCGAGAGGUACCUGCAGUGUGUUUUAGGAAUUGACAAUAUCAAGGACACAAUUCCAUUUGCAAGGUUUUCACACUCCUGUGCUUUAUGAAGCAGCCUGGUGUAAGAUGAUGAUAAAAUUAUGGGAUGGAUUUUAUCGUUCCAUAUGUCAAGGUGGGAAUUGUUGUUGGCAAGUGCUGGAGAGGAAUCACAAGUAGUUAAAAUGACUCCUUAAUGCACAGAAACAGAUGGUGAGGGAUAGUAAAUUGUUACAGAUUUCAUUAAGGAUUGUGUGAGUGUUUAUUUUAAUGAGAAAACUUGAACAGAUUGACAAAUGUUUUCAAAGUCAUAGACACCCUUUGGUGUAAAAUGAACUCAGGCAUGAAAACAGAUACUAAAUGAAAGUUGUGGAAAGAUUUGGACUUGUGAAAGUGUGUUUUCCAAUUAUCAGACACAAAAAAACAUAGAAAAAUAAAUAUUCACUUGUGGAUUCCGAAAGUA